AUGAUAAAAAGACCAAGGCUACGAUUGGAAGUAAAGGUGUUUUACACCAAGCCAGCUGCUAAGACUACAUCAUACUUUGUAGUGGAAGCCGUCGACAACUCCCUGGAGCCACGGACGGCGACAGCGACUGUGGACGUGUCGGUGGUAAAUGUGGUGGAGGCGCCGGCCUGGCCCGCCUCAUUACCAAUCAUCUACAUCACACUUCACAGCCAAUGUGCGGGCACGCAGCCCUCAGACAGACUCCAGGACGUCAUGGUCGUCUCCAGCAACUCUCAGAGUGACGUCACGUAUUCGUUGACCAAUCACCCGAACCUCUUCUCCAUUGACAACGUCACAGGGCUGCUGAGAGCUCACGCGGCUCUUCUGACCCUCUCGGCAUAUCAAGUGGGGCUACGGGUCUGCGCAGUGGGCAACAAGACCGCGUGCUCUGACGCAGCGCUGACCGUGCGCGUGGAGACAAAUGACGCCAUCACUUUCUGCCCGCCUUUCUUGGUCGUUCGCGUCAGCGAGAGUGCGUCCGUUGGUUACGUCAUAACGGACCUCAACACGACUAAAGGGGAUGAUCACGUGACCUAUUCCUUCAGUUCUUCGACAUUUGAAUUUGGUCUCGGACAGAGUUCGGGUGUGGUCAGCCUCGUUCAACGUCUAGACAGGGAGAGGACUGACCAGUACAUUCUACAGGUGGUCGCCGUCUAUGUCCCCACCAACACGUCGGUAACAGCACAGGUUACCAUCAUCGUCGAUGACGCGCCAGAUUCACCUCCCAUCUUCAAUCAAAAGGUGUACGAAGGGGAGAUAAACGAGAACACCGCUUUUGGCAACGGUGUGCGGGUAUUGGGGAGCAGGGGUGGCCUGAAGAUUUCUGCUAGCGACCCGGACUUGAACUCUUCGCUAACCUACUACAUCACGAAAGACAACUCUGGAGGUGCUUUCCUCGUUAGUCACCUGACAGGGGAGAUAACAGUCAACCACAGCGUCGAUUUAGAAGCCAUGGAACCCAGUUUGAAUGGCAGCUUCACAUUACAGGUCCUUGUGUCUGAUGGUUAUUUCAACGACACAGCGAUGGUGAGGAUUCACAUCGUCAAUGUAAACGACAAUCCUCCUCGCUUUUCUCCCGACACCAGGAACUUCACAAUCAGUGAGAACUCUGCAGUGCCAAUAAGUAGUCACCUCCCUCAAUGCCACGGACAAUGACCCUGGGGAUAGUGACCUUUUGACCUACUCACUUCUGCCUGACGAUGAUUCGCUACCUUUCACCAUCGACACAAACAGAAAACGACUUCUGCUUAUGUCUGAGCUGGACCGGGAAAAAGUUGCCUUCUAUACCUUUAGUGUCAUUGCAAAGGACCCCGGGGGUUAAAUGGUUCCUUGGUAAUCAAUGCUGUAGUUGGAGACGACAACGACCAGCCGCCCAUAUUUGAGAAAAGCACUUACAGGCUCAGUGUUGUUGAAGGUGCAGCAGGUAUCGGCCAGAGUCUAGUGAUCAGCGCUCACGACAAUGACAUUGGAGACAAUGCCCGCCUCACUUACAGCCUCCAGACAGGGAAUGAAAACAACUCAUUUAGCAUUUCGACAAUAAACUCCU